AUGAAAAAGGAAAUCAUUGUGAAAUUAAUGAUGGUUGAUCAUUGGACUGAACAGCCAAUUGGGACAUUGCAUGGUGGGGUGUCAGCACUCAUAGCUGAGGAUUUAGGCAGCAUGGGAGUCUACUUAGCCUCCGGUAGGCGAAAGGUAACCGGAAUAGAAGUCUGCAUUAGCCAUCUCAAGAGAGCACAAGUGGGUGACAUUGUGCAAGCUGAGGCCACUCCUCUCAAUCCUGGCACCACCAUUCAAGCAUGGGAAGUGCGGUUCUGGAAGAUUGACUCCACAAGUUCUGGGAACAAAUCUUUAUUAGCAUCAUCAAGUGUUACAGUUCUAUGCAAUAUGUCAGGAAAUGCCAAAGAUGGUCAGAACAAUGUAAAGCAGGCAAAGCUAUAA